CUCGAGCUUUCUCCUUCCUCGGUCUUCCUUGUCUGGUGCUUCCUUCUCCGUCUUCGGUUCAGUGAUAUAGAGGUCGAUCUCCCUCUUCACCGCCCCCACACUUUAAGCGUGCAGGGUUUCGCCGUGAACUCCUUCAGGAAAAUCAUUUGACGUGCAAGGCUUCCAACUAAGUUAUCUUCAAAUAUGGCUGAGAAGCGCGUCAAGCUGAAGAGCUCUGAUGAUGAGAUGUUCGAGGUCGAUGAGGCCGUGGCGUUCGAGUCACAAGCUGUGAAGAACAUGAUAGAGGACACGGGUAUAGACGCUCCAAUCCCUCUACCUAACGUGUCUAGCAAGAUCUUAGCAAAGGUAAUUGAGUAUUGCAAAUAUCAUGUUGAAAACCAGAAGCCCAGUGAUGACAAGCAAGCCACCCCCGAGGAAGAGAUUAAAGCAUGGGAUGCCGAUUUUGUCAAGGUCGAUCAAGCAACCUUGUUCGACCUCAUACUGGCGGCCAAUUACUUGAACAUCAAGAAUUUGUUAGAUCUGACUUGCCAGACCGUAGCGGACAUGAUCAAGGGUAAGACCCCUGAGGAGAUCCGUAAGACAUUCAACAUUAAGAACGAUUUUACUCCGGAGGAGGAAGAGGAAGUUCGAAGAGAAAAUCAGUGGGCCUUCGAGUAGGCUCCCAGCUUUUCAGAUGCUCUGGAGUCAACAUGUGAUCUGGAAUAAUUCCAAAUUUGUAGCUAAGCGUUCCAUUCCCACAUAUCUAGAAGACUACUCAGGGAACUUAACGUCUUUGAGGUUAAAAAUAUGUCUCAAGAAGAUUACACUUGUUGUGUCAAUCUACUUCAACUGUAUUCACAGUUUGUUACAGCUAUGUGUGGUAAAGAAUUUCUGUGAAAAAGUUUAGAGUGCAGUGUAAGUAUGUAUACUCAUAAUCAUAGUAGUGAUCGUUUUAUCUGCGCCGUUCAUGCGUAAAACAUUUACGAAUUCUAUAGGGUGAAUUUAGGCUCGGCGGAAUCUCGAAAAUAUGCUGAAAUAUUUCUUCAGGUGGAAGAAAUGAUAGUUUCGGCGCUAAAGUACCGAAUCCAUAAUCACCGUCUGGUGAGAUGUUUAUGUGACCUGUGUGCAUAUAUGUCGAUCAAUAUUUCCUGAGAA